UCUCCCGGGUUGUCGAUUGUCGAUUGUCGAUCUAUCUAGCCGCAACUUCGAUCGUACCAUACCACGCGCGCACGCACGCAUACUUCAAGAUGUUGGGUCGUCUCAGUCAUUACGCUUUUGAUGCGGUACUCAUCUCCGCCUUUCUGGCCGGCAUCAAGCGGUCGACUGGAUUAACUCUCGAAACCGACAAAAUCACCGAUAACAAGGACUUCAAGCAGUGGAUCGACAAGUACCUCGGCGUGGGCGAGUGGGUGAUGGACCAGUCCGUGGCGGUCCUCGGGUCGACCAGCUGGUUUGAGCGGAGACGGUAGAGGGUUGUUGAUUAUCGUCGGCGGCUGAGUCGGCUGCCCCCUCUUUCUCUUCUGUCUCAACGUGAAUGAAGUGGCAGGGUCGAUGAACUUGGAACGGAAAUUCGAUGUCGAAAUCGGCUGCAGCG